GAAGCGUUGUCCAACACGUGAGGCUCAUGUGAUAGAGGGAAGGCAGGUCUGUCCCUCCCUCCGGUAGCAGCCAGGACGUGCCCGGAGUCACAGGGUAGAACACGUAGCUCCAGUCCACACACUCGCUCACAUUUAACCCAGCCUGCAGGCCUUCCAAUUACUCCUCAGCUCGCCAGCUCCCGCGCGACCCGGUGCAGACGCCCAGCGCUUGCCAAGUAGGAAGGAGGACAUGAGCAACUAAGAGCAGCAGCCGACGCCGCUAGCUGAUCUCCCGCGCUCUUCCGGCGCCGCUUCUUUUUUGGGUGCCAGGCGCGCACCGUUUGCUGGAGGUGGCGCGUCCGCGGGGGAACGUCCCGGCUCAGUCACUGGAUUUCGCGUUGACACGAAGCAGGUGUGCCUGCCAGCCAGCUAACUAGCUUGCCAGCCUCCACCUUACUUCCAGGAGAGAACUUGGGUUGUGGGGAGAAAAAGAAAGCAGCCGGUUUAAAUGGAAAGGAUCCCCAGCGCUCAGCCUCCUCCUCCACCACCCUGCCUGGGCAAGCUGGCAGCUCUGGAGGGCAGCGAAAUGUCAGGGUUGGAUUUCGCUCAUAUUUAUCAAGUUUACAAGCCCAGAAGAGUUAAAAGGGGUGACGACAGCAAGGAGACCUAUAAGCUGCCCCACAGACUGAUAGAGAAGAAAAGACGUGAUAGGAUUAAUGAAUGCAUUGCCCAGCUGAAAGAUCUCUUACCAGAACAUCUCAAACUUACAACAUUAGGACACUUGGAAAAGGCGGUGGUUCUUGAACUUACCUUGAAGCACGUGAAAGCACUAACCAGUCUCAUUGAACAGCAGCAGCAGCAGAUCAUUGCCCUCCAAAAAGGUCUACAUGCUGAUGAGCCUGCCCCCAAGGAGCCUUGACUCCAGCCAGGAGGUGUUUCGGUCCGGUUUCCAAAUGUGUGCCAAAGAAGUGCUGCAGUACGUGGGCCAAACACGAGAACAGCAAGGAGCUGAAAUCCUCCCACUCAUCGGCCACCUGCACAGAAUGGCCUCCGAGGUUCUUCAGGGUGGAACCAGCAGAAAGCCUGGCGAUGCUGCCCCUAAACUUACGGAACUGAAGGAGAAGUCUGCACUCUGACCAAAGCUGCCGAGGCUCAUGGGAAAAACGGUGUGCCUGUGAUUCAGAGGACUUUUGCCCACUCUAGCGGAGAGCAGAGUGGCAGUGACACAGACACAGACAGUGGAUAUGGGGGGGAGCUGGAGAAAAGCGACUCCAAAUCCG